CACUACCGAGGGACCAAAUGCAGUACUAGAAGUGGUACCCAAUCUGAGCCCGAGUGUGACGGACCUGGUUUGGCUCCGAGCUUGAGAAACCACCACCACACUUCAAGGAUGCCAAUUUUUACGAAAAAGUUUGCCCCGAAAGUGGCUCCUCCGCGGACGGCACGGCUCAACAUUGGCUGCCCGCCCCAGCAGGAAGACCUGGACGAGUUCCGCAACAUCCGGCUGAAUCUGCUGGACAAGCAGCUGUGCUUCGUGGACGGAGUUUGGAUGAGUGCUGCGGCACCUGGAGGCGGCUCUUCGGGCAUGACGGCGGCCUUACCUUUCAACGCCUCCACCAUCGAUGACCUGCUUCGGAUGAAACGGCGCCUGAAAACUCUCGAGCAGGAAAACAAUCUCUACCAGGUGAAGUUGGACGUGCUGUUGGACCUGCUGACGGAGAACGUAAUCGAGCUGAGUGCGAUAAAAGGUCAAUAAAGAAGUUGUCGCAGGUGGAAAA